GAUUUUAUUUCUCUGCCUGUCGACUUUUGCAUUGCCAGUUGUUCAUUCCAUUCGGCCCUCUCAAACAAAUCGGAAGUCCGUCCAGUAAGAAAUAAAAAGAAACACCUAUUUUUUAUAAAAAUUAAAAGGCUGCUUUCCAUACAAAAGUGUCAGUGAGCAUGGACGGCUUCUACGGUAACAACGGCGGCUACUACUCGCACAGUCCGCAAGGCGGCAACUGCGGCUCAUGUGGCAACUGCCCAGGUGGCCAGUGCCCCCGUAUGGAGGCGGGUGGUAGUGGCUGCGGCACGCGAGGCCCCAGCCAGCCGGGUUGUCCUGGCGGCAACUGUUGUCCCGGCGGACGGUGUUCGCCCGCAAAGUCGCGCUUCAAUCCCGACUGGCAGUAUGGUGGACGCUAGCACCAAAGAGUUGGCGCUUCCCAGCCCUGCAAACUGAACGCCUACGAAUGGACUUCCACGAUCAUCUUACCCGAAUAGCUGCACACAGGAACCAGAUUAGGUGAACAUCAUGGCACAUCACAAUCGAGAGGACUCGGAUCCGCUGGAUCGACUCGGACACUUCCAUUCACGCAUAACAUAUUUCCAUCAUCUCUGAAAGUUGCAUACAACGAGUUUUCUAAAUAAAAACGCUGCAUUGUGUGUUAACAUAGCUCACUUUA